AUGGACACAAUUCUACAUGACGUCCCAGGCGUCAUUUGUUAUAUACAUGAUAUCUUAGUCACUGGCAAAACCAAAGAGGAUCAUCUGCGUAACCUAAAAGAAGUUUUCCAACGCCUGGAGAAACAUGGGUUCAGAGUUAAGCGAGAAAAGUGCAUUUUUCUUCAAGAAUCUGUUGAGUAUCUAGCUCAUCAGAUUGAUCAAACUGGUAUACAAGCAGUUCCAAGCAAGAUUGACGCUAUUGUAAAUGCUCCAGAACCUACAAAUGUCCAGGAACUUAGAUCAUUCCUGGGAUUAUUGAACUACAAUGGGAAAUUCAUUCAGAAUCUUUCUAGUAUCUUACAUCCUCUUAAUCGAUUACUUCAAGUUAAACAGAAAUGGGAUUGGACAGAAGAAUAUUCUCAAGCUUUCAAAAGGGCCAAAGACCAGUUAACAUCUUCGGAAGUGCUGAUACACUAUGACCCCAAAUUACCAAUCAACCUGGCUACUGAUGCCUCAGCAUAUGGAAUAGGGGCUGUAAUGUAUUGCCUGAUGGCACAGAGAGGCCAAUUUCUUUUGCUUCACACACCCCUGACUGCAUCUGAAAAGAACUAUGCUCAACUGUUGCUAGGAGCUAUGUGUGGUGGAAUAGCAUGGACAAAGAUAUUGAAGACCUAG